GGCAACUUAGUACCCGUGUAUGACUGUUUAUCUGCAAAAGUGCUCGGCGGAGUUAUGCCCUCUGCUUCCGUUUUUUAAAUUAUGUGAAGUUUUACGAAUUCCUUUUUUUUUCCAAGAAAAAAGACGUAACACCUGCUCUCCCUCUCUCUCUCGCUAUCUGCACGUCACUCCAAAAACACAACUGAUCUGUCAUCACGUCGCUGCAAGGGUAUGGCACUAUCCUGGUCCCAGCAUCCCUUGCCCUGUCGUUACCCGACCAGUAUCAUCGGCAUCCAUCGUCAGCACACCUCCAGCAGAGCUCUCUGAAGAACUGUGUGGAGCAUCAUGCUUUCUGGGACUUGGCGGCGUUCUGUGGGGUCCCAGCAGUCUACUCCAGCACCCACGAUGAACUCCAGAGGGGUGACGGUGUGCGGGGUCCCCAGCGGCACGGUGGUCCUGGAGGCACAGUAUGACUACAACUACCGCGGGGCUGACGGACGGCAGGUCUGCAUCAGGGAGGGGGAACGGUUUGUGCUCCUAAAGAAGACCAACAAUGACUGGUGGCAGGUGCGGAGGAUCGGGGCAGCUAGUAAAACAAAGCCACUGUAUGUCCCUGCUACGUAUGUGACAGAGGUUCCCAUCGCCCCAAUGCCCUCACAGCAGCGCCUGGUCAUGUCCACCUCAUUGAACUCCAACCUCAGGAUACUGCCGAGGGUGUCCCUCAGUCCCAGCCCGACUGGGACCAACUACAGUGAACAGCACCAAGUGAACAAACCCUUGUACCGCUCUAUGGAAAACCUCAACUCCAACAGUGCCUUCCAGAGUCCCCACAACAACACCAGUGCAGGUGGAGUUCGCUUCCCAACGCUGCCCCUCUCUGGGUUCAGCUUUACCCCCAACUCUCCAAGUUCCCCAUCAGGACACCUCAUGGUGCCAGGGUCCCCCGCAGCUUCAACACCAGACACAGCGCCAAGGAACCCUCGGGUGGUGCCCAUGAUCACUCGCAGCCAAAGCUCCAGUAACCUGCCUGAAAACCUGACGGAGAACACUUAUGAUGAAGUGGGCGGGACGCUAGGCAGUCGGGUGAACCACAGGGUGCCCAAGAAGUCCUGCAGCCAGUGGGACAUGGUGGGAGGGUCCAACAAGAACAAUCAUCUGCAGGUUCCCACAGAGUCGUAUCUGUCCCAGCUGACCUGGCAGGACUCCCCUCUUUACACUGAAAUGCAGCCAGAGAAACGUCUGUCGCAGCAGGAGCCACCAUGCCCCGCCCCCGGUCAGCAGCCUCUCCAGGUCCUGGACCUGUGGGAACAGUACUCCGAUACAUCCACAGGGAGAAGCUACUACGUCAAUACCAUCACCAAGGAGAGGUCCUGGAAACCACCGCGACGGUCACGCGGACAGACCACCAACAAGGUCAGUACAGUACAACCUCAGACAUUUUCCCGGGAAACCAACCAUCUGUCGCUACCGCUUCCUGAAGCUGGCAAUGGUACCAUGCACAGGUUAUCUCCUGAUUUCCUCUUUGGGAGCCACCAGAGGAAUAAUGAUGCAGACUGGCAGAUGAAACAGAGCAUGCAGCGUGCUGUCUCCUCUGACACCCUGAGCACGACGGCGUUCAGCAACGCCAGCAACCAGUCAAAUAACUCGGCCUCCCUGCAUGAUGCCAAGCAGCAGCUCAGCCACUCACAGUCUAUGAUCCUGCCUGAGAACGGCAAGCUGGUCCAGCAGUGCAGAGAUUACUCCUGUAACGUGACCAACAUCGUUGUAGAGCCGCCGUCUCCUGAGAGCUCUCCAGACAGCGAUGGAGGCACACCGGAGCUGGAGAAGGCAGGCCUCUUGAACAAGACAAAGAUUGCAGAAGGAGGCCGCAAGCUGAGGAAAAACUGGAGCCCUUCGUGGGUGGUGUUGGUCGGGAACAGUCUGGUUUUCUUCAAAGAUCCGAAAUCUCAGACACCUGCCAGCUGGAGACCGGGAAACAGUCGUCCUGAGAGCAGUGUGGAUUUACGGGGAGCAAAGCUGCACUGGGCCAAUGAGCUGUCCAGCAAAAAGAAUGUCUUCAAGCUGAGGACGGUGACGGGUAACGAGUUCCUGCUGCAGUCGGAGACAGACUCUCUGAUCAAAGAGUGGUUCAUCACCAUCCAGAGCGUCAUCGACAGGCUGGACCGUGAAAACCCAUUGGAUAAUGUCCUCUUGUACUCUAUGAGGCGAGCGGGCAGCGUGGAGAUGUUGGACCACAGCGGAGACGAGGACGACAGGAGAACAUCUCCUGAACGCCCCGCACUGACCUCCUCCCCCUCUUCUUCCUUCUCCUCCUCCACCUCCUCCUCUCCUCGGUCUGCAGUCCCUCGCUCAUCGUCCAACCUGGAGAAUACAGAGAAGAAGAGAGUGAAGUCCCGGCUAAAGAAGCUGAUCCUGAAGAGGCCCCCUCUGCAGACGCUGCAGGAGAAAGGCCUCAUUAAAGAUCAGGUGUUUGGAUGUCGUCUGGAGAUGCUCUGCGAGAGAGAGAAGAGCACGGUCCCUCGCUUCGUCAGACUUUGUACCGCCGCUGUGGAGAAGAGAGGACUGGACACUGACGGCAUCUACAGAGUGUCAGGAAACCUGGCAGUGAUUCAGAAACUACGCUUCCUGGUGAACCACGAGCGAGCGGUGACAACAGACGGCCGCUACAUGUUCCCAGCGGAGUUGGUACAAGAGGAGAAGCUGAAUUUGGACGCGAGUGAUUGGGAGGACAUUCAUGUCAUCACAGGAGCUCUGAAACUCUUCUUUCGGGAGCUUCCGGAGCCCCUGGUCCCCUUCGGCUUCUUCACCGACAUUGUGGAGACGAUCAAGAUGUCGGACUACUUGGAAAAAGUUCAUCGCCUGAAGUGUCUGGUGCUCAACAUGCCUCCUCCAAACCACGACACGCUAAAGUUCAUGUGCCGCCAUCUCAGACGAGUGUUGGAACAUUCAGACACGAACCGAAUGACCACCCAGAACAUCGGCAUUGUGUUCGGGCCGACCUUGAUGCGCCCUGAGCGGGACAAUGGCAACAUGGCGGUGAAUAUGGUUUACCAGAAUCAGGCGGUGGAGCUCAUCCUCAGCGAGUUUGACCACAUCUUUGGAAUAAGAGGCCCCUCUUGAUCUUCUGGACUGAGGGGUCUUCAAAAAAAAAGCUCCUCCAGAUCUCACGAAAGCACGAAUAGUGCAGCCGUUUGUCCUCUCUGCCUGUUGACUCUUGUGGUGUAAAAAGGAUUUCACAUCAAAAAGAUAAUGACGGGGUAAAAGGAACCAGGACAGAAAGCUGCUAAUCAUGACAUCUGGCCUCCAUAUAAAGCCAUGUUCAAACAAUAAUAGUUAAACAAACCGGUUUUUGCUGCGAUACUCGUGUCUUUAACUUCAGAUGUGGAGCCUCGGUGUUCAUCACUGCUGGAUCAGCCCCUCCUUGUCACUUUCCCUUGAUGUUUCAGACUUGAUCAGGAUUUUUUUUAAAGCCAUAAAAGUGAUUAAUCUCCUCCAGCUGGUAGGGUAUUGAUCACUUUAAUAUCAAGGAAUGUGGGGAAGGUUUUGUCCUUACAAAACUAAACAGAACCAUCUCACUGUGAAAACACAAGCACCAGCACCUCAUGCGGCACCAACUGAAGAAGGAUCUCACCUGCAGCGUGUGAAAUAUGCAAACGUGCAGGAAGAAAACGGCGUAAAAUGUGUCAAUAACUGCCGAAGACAAAUGGUGUUCAAAUGAAGAGUUUAAAGGUUUUUUUUCUGUGUUUAAUUGGAAAAAGAAUAAUUCUAUUGAUGGGAUGAAUGUGCAAAGACGACGGAACCUUUUUUCCUGUGUACCAAAUUGUUCUCCUUUAGUGUUUCAAAGUUUUCCCUUUCUGUACAAAACUGAAUUUGUCCUCUAUUUUUACUAGUACAAACUUCUCAGAUUAAGAUAAAAAUAUUGUAAAUAUGUUAAAUAUUAUCAUUGUAGCACUUUGCAUAAGUAUAUUGUUUAACCUAAAUAUUGCAUACACCCCCCGAUCUCUUCAUUAGGUAUACUUUUUCACCUGCUCAUGAGAGCAAAGAUCUUACCAGCCAGUAUAAUAAUAAGUAAUAAGUUUUAUGGCAACAGGUGAAGCAUUGGGGCAUGUAGACAUGGUGGUGAUCUGCUGACGUUAACAUUGAGCAUUGGAGUGGGGAAGAAAGGUGAUUUUAUUUACUUUAAACCAAUGAGCAAGAAUGGCAUUUUUAGAGCAAGGUUGUAAUAGUUUUGGACUUUAUUAGUUAAGUUUAGUUUUCAUUAGUUUUUGCAUGUUUUAAAAAAGGAACACGCUCAAAAGGCCAGAAACAGUAAACAUCUUCCAAUUUUAAAAGAAAUAAAAGUUGUUUAUAUUCAUUUUUAUUCCCAUUAAUCUACACUCAGUACCCCAUGAUGACAAAGUUUAAACUGAAUUUUAGAAAUCUUUGCAAU